UGUUCAAUAUUUUUUUUUUAAAUUUUAUUCUACACAUUUUUUAUUAGAAAUUUCAAAUUUGAUGAUUAUUCAAAGUUUGAAAGAAUUUAUUAUUUUGCGAAGCAAAUAAUAUUGCAUGAACGAAUGAAUUUCUAAAAAACCAACUAUUCAUCUUCAUACAACGAUCAACAGUUACAUAAAUUAUGGGAUUAGUCAAACAUAAAAUUCAUCUAAUUCGUCUCCUCAAUUCGAAAGGAUGUUGUCGUCGAAACUACAGUGGACUAUUUCAGGAAAUAAAAUCCACCAUACCGAAACCAACCGUAAACCUGAAACAAAUCCUCGACAAUCUGGACGAGUACAAAAAUGAAGUACGUUCAAGGAAAAACACUCGUUAUGAAGAAAUACUCUCAGAGUUUUGCUCAACUCUAGAUAAAAGUUCAGUAGAUCCAGAACAGAACGAAGAAUUGAUGAAUUUAGCUGCUAAACUUCCCAAUUGGAUACAUCCUAGCGUUAAAAAUUAUACCAACGAUUUUGAAAUUUUGAAAGUGGUCGGUGAGCCGAAAGAGUUUCCAUUUAAACCUCAAACUGGAACUGAUAUGUUGAAAGAGAAAGAUUUGCUAAUAAUGGAGGGUUUGAAUCAUUAUUGCGGUGAACGUAGCUACUAUUUCGUUGGAGAUCUUGUCAAACUAGAUCAAGCUUUGAUAGAUUAUUCAGUUCAGAAGCUACUACAGAAGAACUUUAUCCCUAUAUCUGUUCCUGAUAUAUUGCACGAAAACGUAAUAAACAAUUGUGGAAUGACUACAAAAGGAGAACGUACUCAGGUUUAUAGAUUAGAUUCAAAUUUAUUCGGCGACGGAUUAUGUUUAUCUGGUACUUCAGAAAUGUCUAUAGCUGCUUCAUUGAUGAAUUCUAAUAUUCCCAAAGACGAGCUGCCAUUAAAUUACGUUGCGGUUAGUAGAUGUUAUAGAGCUGAGAUUUCAGCGCUAGCUAUUGAACGAGGAUUAUACAGAGUACAUCAGUUCACGAAAAUUGAGAUGUUUGGAGUCUGCCUACCUCAUCAGUCGAUAGAAAUGCUAGAGAAAUAUCGCGAUAUUCAAGAAGAAUUUUUCUCAUCGUAUGAUCUCAGUUAUCGAGUUAUUGAUAUGGCUCCGCAUGAACUCGGCUGUCAAGCGAAUAGAAAAUUUGAUAUCGAAGCUUGGAUGCCCGGCACGAAUAGAUACGGUGAAAUAUCCAGUUGCAGCGAUUGCACAGAUUUUCAAUCUAGAAGACUGAAUAUAAAAUCUGGAGAUACAUUUUUACAUACUGUCAAUGGAACAGCCUGCGCUAUACCUAGAACUGUUAACGCUAUCGCAGAAACGCAUCAGACGAAACAAGGAAGAGUAAUCAUUCCUGAAGUUUUGCUACCGUUCAUCGAUGUAGACACGAUAGGCAUGAGAAGAGGUCCUAAACUCCAUAAUGUUUUGAAAAAUCGUAAAAAAAUAUUGUCAAGUUUUCAAAAAUUGAAAAUUGAAAAUGAUUCUUCGUAAAUAAUUUAAUUCGGCUGUGAUAUCGAAUAAAAUUUUCAACCUCA